CCCCCCCGGUCUUUCUCCCUCUCUCUCGUGCUCGCGUUUGUCCGCUGAAGUUUGCAGCUCUUUGGCAGAACCUCUCCAGUUACUGUGGGUUGCUGCCUGCUUUUUCUCGAACGAGGGAAAGCAGAAGAGAGGGAAAAGUGUGUGUGUGUGUGUGUGUACGCCGAGGGAGCACAGACACUCUCAAAGGGCGGCAGAGACAGAGGCGUCGGGACACGGGCUGCUUGCGGAGCAGACUGAGACGUUGGAAUGUCUCACCGGCUGCGUCUCUAUUUCGGCUUGGGCCGCAGCAACACGGCCCCUGAGCUCGAGACGCCGCACGAGGAGGGUGAAGAAGAGGACGAAGAAGAGGACGGGCACGCCGGCCCUGGAGAAGGGCACCAAUCCGGACCCAGAGGCGUGCUGUUCCACACGCGGACAUGGGAUUGCGGGGGAAGGGCGGAUGGUGCGGCCGGUGUUCCGGACGGCCUCCUGAAGCGGAGUUCUUCCAUGUUCAUCCCUCAGCUCCAGAUGUUGGCUGAGCCGCGGCCCACCAGGAGCUCCUCGGUGCAGAUCUCCCUCCAGCGGUCCCCCACAUCCCGUGAGGACGUCCAGAACCCGGACUCUCCUCCGGGAUACCCCCAGGAGCUGGCACCGGCCUACACGGAGCCUGGAUUGCCGUGGUGGGCCCUGCCGCCGCCGGACUACCCCCGGAGAGAGAGACCGUCGGGCGGGACUGUGGAGCCGGCCCUGCCCAAGCGGCGGGUUUUCUGCAUGCGGCCGUAUGACAUGCGGCAUGGGCCAGCCGUCGUGGACAUCUCCGGCGGGGACGACGCAGGGACUGGCUUCGGCAGGGUCCACAUCCAGCAAAGUGCCCCGAACGGCUCGGACGUCCGGCAGCUCCGGAUCGUGCCCUUAAACCCGAGGGAGCUCGGCGUCUCCCGUCAGUGGUCGGUACAGACAAGCACGGACAGGAAUCCGGGCACACGGAAGUUUGUCCUCCAGCUUCAGCCGGACCGUGGGAGAGCGGUGACCAGCCUUGCCCAGAGAGAUUUCACCCCCCCGGGCAUCGGAAAAGGUCCCUGCGUGCCCUGUUACCCCUGCAUGGGGCUGGAGAGGAGCGCAUCCCAGCCCUUUCAACCCCGGCCGCUUCCCACCCGGCCCGGAUCCUUGCCGGACCUCCACGCUCACGUGUCAGAGAUGGAGACAGAGAGCAAGUUUGCCGAGGACCAGACGCAAGGCUGCACGUUUCGGAUCAGGAGGGAGCAGAACCCGGGACAGCCCAAGUUCAGGAUCUACUUUAGUCCAGUCGCUGAUAUUAGACCGAACUCGACACAGGACGGUAACGCUGGACAGGGAACUACGUGGAACAAUGCACAGGCACACUUGGGUCACGAUCGUCCCAAGAAUGGGCUUUUCUUCUUCGGACAGACCAGAGAUGACUUUCUGGGGCAGGUGGAUGUACCUCUCAGUCAUUUGCCGACAGAAGACCCCACGAUGGAACGCCCGUAUACGUUUAAGGACUUCCUCCUCCGGCCUCGAAGUCAUAAGUCCCGGGUCAAAGGCUACCUGCGGCUAAAGAUGGCCUACCUACCUAAGAACGGCGGCCAGGAGGAGGACACGUCUGAGAUGAGGGAGGAUCUGGAGGGUUGGGAGGUGACGGACAGCCCUGACCACGGCUCCCACAGACCCCAGCAGCUGCUGCCUCCGUUACCUCCGGGUUGGGAGGAGAAGGUUGACAACCUGGGACGCACCUACUACGUCAACCACAACAACCGCACCACCCAGUGGAAACGGCCCAGCACCGUGGACGUAGUCUCCGAGACGGACAAUGAUACGCAGCUCAGACAAAUCAACCAGGAGGCUCACAGGGUGUUCCGCUCCCGCCGCCAUAUCAGCGAAGACCUCGAGAGUGAACACCUUGACCCUCGUGACCUUGACGACUCAUGGGACCCAAUCAGUGAAGAGGACCCGACCCUAAUGGGCGAAGCCUUGCCUGGCCAUGCCUCCACAACACCUAUGCCCCAGUACGGCACUCCGGAGUUCUCUGACGAGGUCAACCUGCGACUUUCUCUGACUCCCGACUCCAAUGGAGAACUUCCUGGACCCAGCUCCACCGGGUCUCUCCUCUCCUCCAGGCUGCGUUCCUCCAGUAUGACUGAUGGUGUAAGUGAGCCGGCUCAGGCCCCUCCCCCUAUGAGCUCCCACUCGAGAAGAUCACGGGCACAAACGGUCACUGGCGUAGAGGAGUCCAUGUCCCCCUCUGCAGUGUACGCUGCCACCACCCCAGGCCUGCCCCCCGGAUGGGAAGAGAGGAAGGACACCAAGGGACGCACGUACUACGUCAACCACAACAACCGCAGCACCACCUGGACACGCCCCAUUCUGCAGCACACUGAAGACGGUGCCAGCUCAUCCCCGGUAGCGUCCACGCCCUCCUCUGGUGCCCAUCUGAGUGAACCCCAAAUGAGGAGGCCUCGGAGUCUGAGUUCACCCACUGUUACUCUCUCCACCCCCCUAGAGGGAGCCAAUAAUAUGCCAUCUCAGCGGGCAGUGAAGGACACAAUGUCCAACCCACAGUCUCCACAGCCCUCCCCCUACAGCUCCCCCAAGUCCCAACACAAGCCGACGCAGAGCUUCCUGCCUCCUGGCUGGGAGAUGAGGAUUGCCCCCAACGGCAGACCCUUCUUCAUUGAUCACAACAGCAGGACUACCACCUGGGAGGAUCCACGGUUGAAGUACCCUGUUCACAUGAGGACUAAAGUAGCUCUGGACCCUGGUGACCUCGGCCCUCUCCCUCCUGGGUGGGAAGAACGUGUCCAUGCAGAUGGAAGAACCUUCUACAUUGACCACAACACCAGGAACACACAGUGGGAAGACCCUCGUUUACAGAGUCCUGCCAUAACAGGCCCAGCGGUGCCCUACUCCAGAGAGUUCAAACAGAAGUACGACUACUUCAGAAAGAAGUUAAAGAAACCGGCGGACAUUCCUAACCGGUUUGAGAUGAAACUGCAUCGUGCCAACAUCUUUGAGGAGUCGUACCGGCGAAUAAUGUCCCUGAAGAGGCCAGAUGUCCUGAAGGCCCGCCUCUGGAUCGAGUUUGAGUCGGAGAAGGGGCUGGACUACGGGGGUGUGGCCAGGGAGUGGUUCUUCCUCCUCUCCAAGGAGAUGUUCAACCCUUAUUAUGGGCUGUUUGAAUACUCCGCCACAGACAACUACACACUCCAGAUCAACCCCAACUCUGGCCUGUGCAAUGAGGACCACCUCUCCUACUUCAAGUUCAUUGGCCGGGUGGCAGGCAUGGCUGUGUACCAUGGCAAGCUGUUGGACGGUUUCUUUAUCCGACCAUUCUACAAGAUGAUGCUUGGGAAGCAGAUCACGUUGAAUGACAUGGAGUCUGUGGACAGUGAAUACUACAACUCGCUGAAGUGGAUUCUGGAGAACGACCCAAUGGAACUGGACCUUCGGUUCUGUAUCGAUGAGGAUAACUUUGGCCAGACGUACCAGGUUGAUCUAAAGCCAAGUGGCUCAGAUAUGGUGGUUACCAAUGACAACAAGAAGGAGUACAUUGACCUGGUGAUACAGUGGAGGUUUGUUAACAGGGUCCAGAAACAAAUGAACGCCUUCAUGGAGGGAUUCACAGAACUGAUUCUCAUUGACUUAAUCAAAAUCUUUGAUGAGAAUGAGCUGGAGCUGCUGAUGUGUGGUCUUGGAGACGUGGACGUUAAUGACUGGAGACAACACACUGUCUACAAGAACGGAUACUGCCCCAACCACCCCGUCAUUCAGUGGUACUGGAAGGCUGUGUUGUUGAUGGAUGCUGAAAAGAGGAUUCGACUGCUCCAGUUCGUCACAGGAACAUCCAGAGUGCCCAUGAAUGGCUUUGCUGAGCUCUACGGGUCAAAUGGUCCCCAGUUGUUUACCAUCGAGCAGUGGGGGACGCCGGACAAACUGCCCCGUGCCCACACCUGUUUCAACCGGCUAGAUCUGCCUGCCUACGAGUCCUUUGAAGACCUGCGAGAGAAACUCCUUAUGGCUGUGGAGAACGCCCAGGGCUUUGAGGGCGUUGACUAGACACACACACACACACACACACACACACACACACACACACACACACACACACACACACACACACACACACACACACACCCUGCUGCCACCAAAACCAAGCGGCUGAAAUGGCAUUAUUAGUCCAGUACAUGCGUGUGUCUGUGUGCUGAGGCGCUGACUGUGUGAUCUCCAGUGGAGGCGCACACACUCACCGGAGACUGCACAGCAUUCAGCCCAGUGCGUUAACACUGUUCGCUCAUGCUCGCGCUCUCUCUCUCUCUCUCUCUCUCUCUCUCUUUCCAAGGCAGAGAUUCCUAACAUAGAUUUCUUCCUCAAUUAGCCUCUCACAGGCCUUGAAGAAAAACACUUUUGUUGUAUUGCAUUCUUUAAUAAACUUUAACCAAGGGGCAACUA